AUGAAGAGUUUCAAUACACCAACAGUUUUGAAGAGAAAUUUGGAAGAAGUCUUUGAUUUGGAGUUGAAUGAAAAGUUAUCAGCAACAAAAACUCCAAAAAUUUCACCGGAAGGACGCAUUAACCAGAUUGUGAAGGUAAAGUUGGAAAAAAGUGGCGGAGUUUUUAUUUUAAGUAGAAGUUUCAUAAGAAUCAACAAUUACAUAGCAACAAAUCAGGAAACAAUAUCAUCUCCAAAUCAACAAUUAAAUCGCAAUAACCGGAUCGGAUGUUUGGGGGUUAUUCGAUUAUUCAGUCGUCGUUUCGUGCUUUACCUAUGCAGUCCGAUUCCUCAAUAUGACGAAGAAGUAGAUCCAUACGAAGGGUUAUUCGUAUAUAAGCAUACCAAAAUUCUCAGGAUCAAAGAACAGCCGGAAGAUCCACACCAGGGUGUAGAUUAUGUUACAAUGAACUUCAGGGAAGGAGAAAUCAAGGAGGGAUCACUGAAACUCUUGAAUAAAUUAGCAUUAUGA